AUGGAUCAAUUUCAUGAUCUUAAACAACAACAAAAUAUUCCUAAACCAAAGUUUGAUAUCAUAGACCCUUCCAUAGUUAGAGCUCAAUUCAUAUCUAAAAAAGAUGUAUCCUUCUCUUCUUACCUUCAUCAAACACAAAAUCAUCAAAACAAGUACAUUCCUCCUCAAACAGGACAAGUCAGAGCAGAGGAUUCUGAUCAAAUUAGCAUUUUUGAUGCAGCAAAGUACUUCAGUGGUCUACAUGAUGAUCAAAAAGAAGACAAAAACUCGAAGGGGGGACUCGAUCACCUUGCUUCGAUCCCCUCUAGGUUCUCCUCAGUAUCAUCAUCGAUCGAUGAUAAUGGGAGUAACUAUGGGGGGAGAAAUAGUAAUAGUAAUUAUAGAGCGAGGUCAUUCCAUGCAACUCCAACUGCCUCCUCGGAGGCUAGUUGGAAUAGCCAGACGGGUUUGCUAGCAAACCCGCCUGGCUCUACUGGUGUCUGUCUUACUAAAAAUUUGUCCCCAAAUAGUAGUACGACUAGUACUAGUAACGCCACCCCAAGAUGGCCUAGGAUAAGCACGAAAUGGCUUAUUCCUAGGCGAAAAUGCCCUUGUUCGGGGAAGAAAUCAGUUCAAGUUGAAGAAAGGAUCGAGUCCAACACACCUAGGAUGGUUGAUUUAAGAAGAAGUACUUCAUCAAAUGGUAGUUCAACAAAUUACAUAUCUUCCUCUUGGUACUCUCCUAGACAAAAUAGUCCCAAAAAAGGCGGUACGUAUAAAUCAAAACCCUUAACACCCUCAAAUGUUACUAUUCCCCCUGUUCAAGACCUUAAGAACAACUCAAACGGAAUCAACCACCACCACCACAACCACCACACGAAAAAUGGCUAUACAAGCAAUAUCUCGAACCCCAAUAAGGUUGUGUCCAUGGGCCCCUUGAAGUCUUUUGCUAAUCAUUCAGAAAUGAUUGGUACUACUGCUACAACUGUCAUAACUAAUAAUGUUGCUGCUGCUAAGGCCGCGGCUGUUGUAGGUGGUACAACAGGUUGUAAUACUAACGGAUUUACAUUCCCGAUCCUUGAAAAUCCGCCAGUGGGGGUGAAGAAGAUGUUCAAUGUGAUUGCAGAACCACCAAGGGAGUCAUUAGAGGUGUAUCAACCAAGGAGCCACUCGAGUCCUAAGUCACGAAGAACGAGCUACGAAGAUGACAAUGUACUGAGUGAUGGGAGCUCAGACUUGUUUGAGAUUGAGAGCUUUACAACUACAUCAUACCCUUGUAGGGAUUCAAUGGAUGAUGUGGUUGUCCCGGUUUCGAGUUUUAAUACUAGUACAAUGAAGAGACUUGGGAUUGUUUGUAGGAGUAACUUGAAUAAUAUCAAUCAUUUGGAUGAAAAUGAGGGCUUAGAUGAGCCUAUGACACCUUCAAUAGCACCAACUGAGUGUUAUGCACCUAGUGAGGUGAGCAUUGAUUGGAGUGUCACCACCGCCGAGGGGUACGACCGUGCUAGCCUUAGCAACUUCUCAGUGUCAGCGUCGGAAAUAGGGCUAUACGCCGCCAUGAGGCGGGAGUCGGAGAGAAAUAAUGGUGAUGGUGGUGGUGGGGUAUCAGAGUUACUUCACCCAGUAAAUACCCAGAUUGUUUACACUUACAGUUCAAGUGUUGCAGCUCCAAUUUCUUCAGAUUUGCAGAAAAAGAUGAAGAGAGAGAAAGAGAUUAUUAGAGUUGAGAUUAAGCAGAAGCAAUUUAAAGAUGGUGAUAAUCAUAGUAAUGAUGAUGAUCUUCCUCAUUUAAGGAUUGAUUCUGAGCUUGUUUGGCCUUAA